ACAUAUAUAUAUAUAUGCCCCCUUGCCCUCUCUUCCUCUUCAACCCAUCCCAUUCCAUCUUCUCUCUCUCCCUCUCUAAAAUUCGAAAAAAUAACCUAAAACAAAUAGAAAUGGAAAGCAAUACACCUGUAAUAGCAAAGAAAGAAUUGAGCAUAAUACAUGUGGCCUUGUUCAUGUUGAGGAAAGGCAUCUCUAAGGGGAAGCUAAUGAUGCACCUCAACAACAUGAUGCUCAAACGCCCCGGCAAAGCCAUCGCCAACCUCAUGUUCCACCACAACCACGGUGUCUCCGGCAACAGCCUCCAUUUCUCCGCCGCCAGGGAGUACGAGUUCAGCUGCAGCAACACUCCAAACAACUUCUUCGCGGCCAUUGCCAGCAGCAACAAGCGCCACCGCCACAUUCCCUUCUUCACGUGCGCUCACGCGCCGCCCACCCUCGACGACGACGUGGCUACGGUUAAUGCAGUUAAGGGCGUGUUGGAGAUGCUGAACAAUGAGACCGUCGUGGAGGCAUCACCGGCCGCGCUUCCCGGGUUCGGACGUAGCCCUAUGGUGAGGCAGUUGAUCAGGGUGACGGACUCUCCGUUCCCACUUGUUGAGUCCCAGGAUGACAAGGACAACCAAGUGGACAAGGCUGCGGAAGAGUUCAUAAAGAGGUUCUACAAAGAGUUGAGGAAGCAGACUUGACUUUCUUAAUUAAUUUAUUUCUUCAUAACGUUAAUUAUGAUCAUUAUGAACGUAAUUAACCUAAUGAGCAGUUUUGGAUGUUGUCCUUUGAUGAUAAUUUUUGUCUUUUGAUGAUAAUUUGUGUGGACUAAUUAGGACAGGAUGCAAGUUAUUUAGUUGCAUUCAGGGAAUUUUGUAAGUCUACUAGUGGUUGUUUCUGACAUAUAUAUGAACAAUAAAUAUGAAGUAAACUAGUACGUAAUUAAUUAACUCGA